AUGGCUGCCACACGUGGAGAGACAGCUCCAGGUUCUCACCUUCUGCAUCGACUUCGUGUUGCCUUCUCUGAAUCCUUUGCCGUGUGCUGUCAGCAGUGCAUAUUAUGCAUACUCUGCAAAUCCUGGGUUUUAUUCCAGCUUAUCCUCCUGACUGUGACAAGGGCAGCCACCUAUCCCUGUGCCGUGGGGCUAUGGAGUGCCUUGUGCUCGUGGUGGCUGCUGCUUUUGUUCCCAGACAGCAGGGUUCCCUCUGUAAAGCUGUUUUCUCUGCUGGGUAGCACUGGGUCUGUCCUUCCAGAGCCAGUGCCUCAAGACUAUUACUGCUGCUGUCAUCAGCAUCCAGGUGGAGAAGAGGUUUUGCUUGAACAAGCUGGAAGAGAUGCUACGGAGAGCUUUGAAGAUGUCGGUCAUUCCACAGAUGCCAGGGAGAUGCUCAAGCAGUACUACAUAGGGGAGCUCCACCCGGAUGACCGUAAAAAGGGAGGUUCCAAGGAUCAAAAUAGGACAUCCUCAGGACAAGCAAGCUUCUGGUCAACAUGGCUAAUCCCCAUCUUUGGAGCACUAGUCAUAGGUUUAAUGUAUCGCUAUUACAUAUUGGAUGGGAGAUCAUCUUGAACUGACCUUGAUAGGACCUCAGAAAGCCUGAUAAAGCAGGUAUGAGAGAGUGCAUGCACGCAACACAUGGAAUUCCAGUUCCCUUCACCUUUGAUGUUUUGCUUUUAGCUUUGUUGAGUGAUGUUCAUAUCCAUGGGACCAAGGUCAUAUCAAAUUGUCUUAAUUCUGCCACCCAGGGAUCUGUCAUACUUGAGUUUUGCUGUGGCAGAGCAAGUGAAGCAUCCUGUUACUGUUACAUCUGUGUGUGGUCUCCCUGGUGCGUGCGUGUUUGCGCUCUCUCUCUUGCUCACUGAAGUAAAACACAGAUAACCUUUUCCUUUCAAUGCCUUUCUGUUAAGCCAGACAACGUGAAACAGCUGCUAGUGAGCCUGUGGAUUUGCCUCAGUACUUCACACAGCAUUGUCAGAAAUAAACUACAAAUUAUCUACAAUCCUGUCCAGAAGAGAUUUUGAGAGGUUCAGUUCCACAGCAACUUUCUCAGUGCAUGCAAGCAGCACUAAUUGGAGCAGCAGGAAGUUGUUAGCUUUGCUACCUCUUUCUGUGUCUGUUUUUAACGGUUCAACAAAUAUAAAUAUUUUAAAAGUGAUCCUGUUGAUUUUGUAAUAUUUCUACUUGUCCUUUUAACAUGUAUAUUCUGUGAAACAAUGUAUGCCUUGGAUCCUUGUUUGUUGGGGUGCUUUUGUGCUGUGUGUGGCAAUGCCAGAAAUGGGAACUGAUGUGGCUUCUUGAGAUGGAGGUUUUUCUUUCUCCCUGGGAUUUUGAUCCAACACAUGUAUUGGAAACAAAACUCAUUCUUAAUGCCUGUGGAUCUGUACCAGAUUGGGGCGCAACCCAUGAAUAAUCCUGCCUCUCCUUCCUAAAUAAAAAGGGAAAAGAAAUCCAUCUGGGAUUUGUGCAUAAUGUUUUUAUCCUGGAAUAAGUAUGGGAGGAUACUUUGCCUUGUAGCCAGCCUCCAGCAGCACAGAGGCGAGUGUGCCUCAUGCAACAUGAGGCAUGAAGCUUUCCAGCUGGAGAGGUGGUUUCAGGAUCUGUUAUCAGGAAGGAAUUUGUGUUCCAGGGUCUUACAUCCUUUAACGGUUUGACACUUGUUUCUAAUCCAAAUGUUGCAGCAGAGCAAUUCACCUUUCUGAGUUGCAGCAAAAGAGAAGUCAUAUAAUGUUCUGUUUAUGAAAACCUCCUGUAGGUUGUGUUAUUUUCCUUUUCCAUGAAAUCACUGUGCUCCUCAGAAGUUUGUUUAGAAGUCUCUUACACUUAGAAUUACAGUCCACCUCUUUAAAAAUGAAGGCCAAGGAACUGCAUAGCUAUUAGGAAUGCAGCACACUGCUGGGGCUCCCUCUGCUCCUCUAGUGGGCUUGGUCUGGUUGCUCCCAGCAGCAGCAGGUCAUGUUCCUCAAAUGUUGUUUUAGCAGAGCUGCAGCAAAAGCCCCCCAGGAGGUUUUUUUUUCCCUCUUCAGGAUGUUAUUCCAUUGAUUGCUCUGUCUUAUACAGGGAAUUAUUUGGCAUACCUUGUGUGCAGCACAGGGAAGCCUAAAGCUUACUGUUGCCUAAGUGGCUCUUGAAUAUUCUGUGUUUGUCCCUCAUUUUGUUCUAGCUGGUUUGGUUGUCUGGUUUCUGUUUACUUGUUUUAACGAGAGUAUAGCAAAAAAAAUAAAGGUGUGCCAAGGAAUAUCUAGUAGGAAAGAUCUGGGUAGUUCUAUUUAGGUGUAUUGAUAAAGGUAACAGGCCAUAUAGUCUUACAGGUCUUAAAAUAUGCAGUGGGUCAGUCAAUCUAAAUUUAUGGCAAAUAGGUCUAUCAGUCUAACUUGAUAUUUGAGAUUAGUUGAACUGCUUAGGCUUCUGGUUGAAUUGAUAGUGCAAGGUAUAUUGCAUGGUUUAAUGAAAUUAGUACAAAAACCACAAGGUCAAAGUAAAGAGGGAAGGGUUUGAUUUAACACUGAAAGGGCAGAGCUGCUCAGUGAGCGUGUUCCAGAUUUACCUGAAAGAGCAGUUUGUGUACUGUGCUGUUGGAAACUGACCGGGAAGGAGGCGGAUGCUCCCCAGCAAAGCCAGAGAGUGGGCUGCUAGCUGAGGUGAGCCGUGGCACUGAGCCACCAGUGCUGUUGGUGAGCUCGGUGCUGGGCUGUGUGUUGGAGAUGGGGACACCAGGCUGCAUCCUGAGAAGCGUGCAGUGCAUCGCGCCAGGGAGGUGGCAGAGCGUGACAACAGGUGUAAAGGUUGAGUGCGUUCCUCUCCUGCAGUAGUGGGAGCUCUUGCCUGCAUUUGGCACUGCUGCUUCAGGGAAUGAAUGCUACGGCUGUGCCUCUGACUUUUAAAAAUCCAGAGAAAAAACAUGUAAAUGAUUAAAAGCUUGGAAAACAUUAUUUAUGGUGAGAUGGUUGAGCUCAGUGUAGCUUAUCGAAGAAAAGGUUACAAAAUUGCAGUACGGAAGUUGUUGCAUGGGGAAGAGAAACUUUGUCAAAGGGCUUUUUGAUCUGGAAGAUGAAGCUGAAGUUGAAAAAGGUCCACUCAUUAAAGCAAGAGCAGUUCAAACUGGAAACAGAUAUUUUUGCACAUUUAUCAUUAGGUCAUUAACUAUGGAAACAGCUUAGCUAGAUUUAUAAUGGAUUCUCUAUAAAGCUGAAGUUUUAAAGCUGGAAGGCAUGCUUUUCAAACAUCUCAUUCAGACGAGAAUUAGUUCAGGAGAGUCCUGAGGCCUCAGCAGUCAGAGGGAUUGGUUUUAGGAACCAAGGAAAGGAGCUGCUGGGUGCUGGCUGGUGUGAUGGUAACAAAUUUGUCUUCUCCACAGGCAUAAUUUUACCUGCAUUUUGACAUAGUUUCAAUUUUAAAAUAUAGUUUUCCUGAUGCUCUUUGCGUUCAGCUGCAUUUUGACUGCUCUGAGUAAAUUUUGCCCUUACCAGAUCUUGUCCUGCUGCUACUUAUGCUGAAUUCCCAUUUGCCAUGUUGCUUUUUUUCUGCUGUUGCUUCCUUUCAACCCAUUGACUACCCGUGAAAGACCUCCAGGCCUGUUUUGUGGCAUCUUUGUGUUUUUAAGUGCCUUUCUGAACGUCUUGUGGAAAGCAAAAGCAACCUCUGCCAAACUGCUGCCCCUUUUGUGCAUGCAAGCUGUCCCAUCAGAGAGCUCAAGGGGCUCGAGCUUUAAUCGCAGCAAUUACAUCAAAGCCUUCUCCAAAUUUACCUGCUAGGAGCAGCAUCCAUCAGUGUUCCUCUGAAGGGCACUGGCUCUGCUGACCCCAGGUGCUGGAUGCUGCCUGCUGGGCACAGCCCCUGUCUCCUGUGGCUCACCAAGUGAUGGGGCCAGCAGGCCUGGAAGUGCUCAGCACAUGAAGGAGUUGUUUACCCAUUACCCCAUGAGGAUUAAAAAAGGAGGAUCCCAAGUCUUUGUACUGGUGCUUAACUCCUGCGUUGCUGGGCUGGCUUUAGUGCAGCUGCAGCAUGCAGGUGCUACCUCAGCUCUUGUCCUGCCAGAAAACUCCCUGAAAGGGAGGGCGCGUGCUGCAGGCUUCCUGCGGGUGAAGGAGAAGAGGCUAUGAGGUGAAGAACUGCAAACGGGCAUGGAAGCAGCAUGUGCAGUCAGCAUCACAGUGCUGAGGUGGCCUUGGAAGCACUUCUGAGCUGAAUGCUGGCAGCUCCUGCCUCUUUGUGAGCCCCAGUUCCUUAUUAGCACAGCAUGCUGCUGUACACAGACCUGAGGCAUAGGGGGGAAGGGAGGGCUGGGAGCUCCAAACGUGUUGCAAUUAGCUGAUAAAUGGAACAGCUUGGAGAGGAGGUGUGUUUUGUCAUGGUGUUGCAGUACAGCCACUGUGAAGGAUGUAUGGUGAGCUGAGCUGUGCCCCAUUAAAUAAGUGUGCAACAAGCAAGUGUAUAAUGCUGUCUACAGCAGACACCAAGUGUAGAAUUAGUCCAUUAGUGUUUAGCAUCAAGUUUUACUGCACUCUUGGACAUCCACCUAUUGUUACUGUUUCUGAAUUUCAAGUAUUUGUUACAUUUUAUAAAUCUGACCAGCUCUCAUCCUCUGCAUUUGAGGCCCAGGGUUUCCAUACACCCCCAGGAUGAAUAGAGCCAGCCCAAAGGAUGGGGGAGGCACAACAGCUGUUUGCUGCUUCCCACCACGGAGCAGCAAGCUUUGUGGGAAGGGGAUGGCAGCAUCAGCUGAGCUACAUCACUGAGAAGGAACCUGAGCUGUGACUUGGAUUCUUGAAGAUGGCUGGGUGUAGAUGUAGAGUGGUUUGAGCUGGGAAAAUUUGGCCGUGACAAUUGUUCUGCUUAAAACUGAAUUAAAGCUGAGAAAAUGUCAAGCUUUUGCAGAUGCAGGAUUUGUCUUCCUGUCAGGGGAAAAAAUCCUUCAGAUGGCAUCAGUUAAAAGUGAGCCUCUGCCAAAGAUCUUGUUCAGAGCAUUGUAACCAAGCAGCACGAUUGUUCCUGCACUGCUCCAGGAAAGUGACAAUUUCUGGACAAACAAUGUGUGAGCAAUGCUGACCAGAUUUGGUGGCGGGGGGAGCAAAUGGGGUUUUCUGCAGUGUUCAUUCCAUAGUGGUCUAAACAUGGAUAAUUUUCAAGCUUGCAGUUAAUAAACAUUGUGCAAUCA